CUACUUAUUUUAACCACCAGCCAACAAACGCUGUUCCGCAAAUGAAAGAUAUUUUCAAGUCUUGACGAGCUCAUUCUGGUUUCUCAUAUGAGGAAAACAAUGAGAACCCGGUCAAGUUCACCUCCGAUUCAUGUGCACGUCAAUGACUCCACACCGGUCCACGUGCAUGUAAAGAGCCACAGGACGAGUCCUGUCAGAACACCUAAGGGGAAGACCAAGGUGGACAAAGGAAACCUCCGUCCUACAGCCAAUGUCAAAACUCGAGUGCCAUGGAUUCCACCUGGAAAGGCCUCCACACGGGAUGCCUCGUACAAGUGGGAGGGUCCGAUGCACCGCCUUGAGAUCACACCGCCGCUCCCCGAACCAGAACCUGAACAUUCCCACUCCGCGCUGCUAUUGGCUGACCUCACGUCAGAGGAAGAGGAAGGGCUACACGGACGAAUCAGCCAGUAUGAGAGGAAGAUUGACAGCUUACUGACUGAAGUCAGCUCUCUAAAGAAUGAGGUGGAGCUGCGGAAGAGGGAGCAGCUGCUGGAGCGUCAGUCGGAGCGGCUGAGCGUCUCCCAGCGGGUGAUUGCAGAGCAGGAGGAGGAGCUGGCUGAGGUGACCAAGGAGCUGGAGGAGACUGAGCGGGAGAACACGCGACUACGACAGUCCAUGGAGAAGAUGAUGGAGGAGACCGACUACAGCAGACUAGACAGAGACAGUGUGCAGCCAGACAAAGAUGCUCUGCUCAGGAAGCUGAUGGAGGCUGAGGUGGACGGAACAGCAGCUGCCAAGGAAAUGUCAGCCCUGCGAGAGUCUGUUUCUAAACUGUGCAGUGCCAGUGUCAGUAGACUGUCUGGUUCUGAGUCCUCUGUCUUGGCCCGUCAGAAGGAGCUGUUGCUACAGAAACUGGAGACGUUUGAGGCCACAAACCGAACCCUGCGGAACCUUCUCAGAGAGCAACAUGGAUCCCAGAUGGAGUCGAUGCGACUGUCAGAGCAGAAGGACACGUUACUGAAGAGACUCGCAGACACAGAGGCAGAAAAUGCUCAUCUUGUGCUGAAACUUCAAGAGAAAGACAAAGAGGUCAAUCAGCUGUCCAGACUUUUAGAUACUGAGAAGGACAACGCUAAGAGUACAGCUGAUCUGUCCAAGACCCUGGAGUCAACAAGAGCUCAUUUACAGGGACAGCUCCGUAACAAAGAGGCUGAGAACAACCGGCUCACUGUACAGAUCAAGAACCUGGAGCGAGCAGCCAAUCAGCAGAAGGCAGAGAUGGAGCAUCUGAUGGAGCAGCUGACGAGCCUGAGGCAGGAGGCCAGCGCGGACCGAGAGGCUCUGAAACGAGCUACACGAGCCCAGAAGCAGCGAGCGGAGCGUAGUGAGGUCACUGCAGGACAGUUGAGCAUCCAGCUGCUGGACAUGGAGAAGCAGGUGGCAGACGCCCUGACAGCAGCUGAGACCUGGGAGAGUCGUCACGCACAAGAGGUGAAAGACAAGAGUAAACUGGAGCUCGAGCUGUCACUGUUGAACAGCCGUAUAGCAGAGCUGACGGAGCAGCUGCAGAGCACAGAGGAUAAAGGCAGACUGGAGAGAGAGGCCCUGCUGGAUCACCUGCAUGGACUGACCACAGAGAGCACUGCUGCCAGACUGGAGAACCAGUCCCUCAAGGCCACAGCCUCUGCAGUGGAGGAGAAGCUGGACAUGUCUCAGUCUGAGCUUCAGCAGGUCAGAGCUUCCAUCAAGCAAUAUGAGAGUCUGCUGGACAGCUACAAGAUCCAGGUUGGGAAAACGCGUGUCGAGGCAGAUGAGUAUGCUGCUCAUCUAGCCCAGGCGGAGCGAGAGGCCCAGGUCGUGCAGGGGAAGCUGGAGCAGGAGAUAGAGGAGGUGCGCAGGGAGAUGCUGGGGCGGCUGGCUGAGCUGGAGCCUCUUCCUGAAGCUCUACGACAGUCUGAACUCCAGCUGCAGGAGGCACAGGACAGGGAGCGCAGCCAGGAGAGACGUAGCGUGGAGCUCAGCACCACCCUGGCUGAUCUCCGUAUUAAGGUGGAGACUCAGGGCAGCCAAAUGGAGCUGUUCAGACAGAAGAACAAGGUGCUACUGGAGGAGAACAGACAGCUGCAGCAGCGGGUGGAGAGUCUGGAAAGAAAGCUGGAGGAGGCCGUCAGCCAGAACAGCGACCUGCUGGCGGUCAUCACCAAACGUGAAGACACCAUUCACAGCAACCAGCUCCGUCUGGAGGAGAAGACCAGGGAAUGUUCCCAGCUGAGCCGGAAGCUGGAGGAGGCUCUGGACGACGCUCGCCAUCAGAUGUCAGAGACCAGAGAACGAGCUGCCACCAAAGAACGCUCCACCCAGGCCAAGAUCCUGGACUUAGAGACCCAACUGAGCAGGACCACCUCAGAAAUCAACCAACUGAAACGCAACAAAGAGGAGGUGGAGCGACGAUACCAGAGCCGACUGCAGGAUGUGAAGGAUCGGCUGGAGCAGUCGGACAGCACCAACCGAAGCCUGCAGAACUACGUCCAGUUCCUGAAGGCCUCUUACACCAAUGUGUUUGGAGAUGUGGCCCUCAGCAGCUCUCUGCGGGCCCCCUCACCCAUCUGACAGCCCCUCCAGCAGAGCUGUUUUAUACGCACACAGUCCAGACCAGUAGUGUGGCUUUAGAUUUUCUAAGAACAGCUGGAGGCUGUGAAGACGACAGUGUCAAUCACUCUCUUGUUUCAAACACUGUCAACAAGUCAGAUGAAGAGCAACAGUAACCGUGGGGCUUUUUACAAUUUAAGACUCGUUCCUGUAAAGAUUCAUUUACAACAGAUUUGAUGGACAAUCAAAUGAUUUGAAAUGUCUCCAACAGGUGGUAUAAAAAAAACGAGUGGCAAACACCAGCUCCAGGGAUGUGGAUGUUGGAGACAAAGAGAAUCAGGAUCUUGAAAACUACAUGUUCCUGUCCAACGUGCUUAUUUUACCAGAUGUUUUAAUUUGCUAAAUGGAUUUCUACCCUGUUAAUAGGUUAAACAAGAAUUUAUGAGUUCAGUUUCAUACGACAGAGAGGAGAUGAGAGGUUCAUACAUUAUUAAGUAUAAAGCAAUUUAUGACAUUAAUAUAUUAGAUUAGCACGGUGGUAAAGAAUGUGCAAUGCAUAAUGAACUGUGUGCAGUCAGCAUCACACCUCAAAUUUUAAUACUGAAUUAAAUAGACAACAAAAAUUCCCAUCUGGGAUUUUUUCUAUGCAAAACUGAAGCACUGAAACAAAGCUGCUGGAGCUCAGAGUUUGGUCCUGAAGACGUUUUGUGGUUUUUCCAAUAUUUUCUAUAAUUUCAUCAGAAUUUCUUGUUUGAUCUUCGAGACCAAACAUCGACACCAAGUACCCUCAUUUUUCCUGAAGCUAAUGUUUUUCAUCAGUUAGUUUUGACGGUGCCUUGAAGCGUUUCAGACUGAAUGUCGUCUUCAGAAAUGUGUUAUCGGACAUUGAAGUGAGUUUGUAUUUUCCAGGCCAAAAACAACGGAAAGUGCACAUUUUCUUUAGCCUCGUCUAGGUAAUAUAUACCAGAAUAAAAGCAGUUAUACUGUAUAUUGUAUUUGAACUGUUAUAUACUAAAACUAUUAAUUUAUUUUUCACAUCUAUACAACAGCCAGCCAUGACACAUGAUGUGUUUAAAUGUGUGUCUGCUCUGUACGGAGCUGAAAACACUGGUGCUACCGCUGUCUUCUGGCUGCUACAAGACGGUGUGGUUUUGUUUUUACACUCUUACUCACACACUGUCAGUAGAUGGAUAGUUGUUAAUAGACUCAUGUUUUUUUCUUUAACUGUUUCAUGGAGUUUAUUUAAUAACUGCAUCAUUUACAGUUUAUCUAACUUUAAAGCAACAAUAUGACAGCAAAACAAAAAUAUAUUUCUUCACCUGAAUCAAACUGACUGAGCAUUCAUGUUGUAUGUGUCGUUUUUUUUUUCAGCUGUUAUUUGUGUGUUUGUGAUGUAGUGUUAAACAGGAUACAAGCCAACAUAAGACUUUUUAGUGUUAGUCUACUGACAUACAGUUAGUGGUUGGGUCUGUGUUUGUCAUCCAAAUUAACUGUCAAUCAGAUUAUCACACUGUUGUCAUAAUUUCCCAUAGCAGCAGCUGUUCCAUUAUUUACAGCCUCACCACAAUAGUGUAUUUCUGUCGUAUUCAGCUUAACACGACCAGCCUACAAGAUCCCAAUACCCUUAAACGACUGUAGAAUCAUUUUGGAGGAUACAUAUGCACUGUACAGAGGUGUGAUCAGAUCUGAGAAUCUAUGCAUUUUUAGUUUACAUAAGAAAAUGACACUUAAAGAUGAAAAUAAUGUUUCUACCAACAUGUAACAGCCCGGGCACAGAUGAUCUGUUGUGGUUGUCAGCUGAUAGAGUGGCUGCUGUAGGACUUCUCAUAGAUAACACUGAUGAUUAAUGGAGACAUUAUGUAAGAGCUGAAAUGGUUUCUAUUCAUGGUUGUACUUCUCAGUGUUAAUGGAUAGUCAUUGAAUUCUGCAUCAGCACUGUAGUCUGAGCCUGCAGGGAUGGAGCACAUGAUAAUACUGUGCAUGAGCAGCUGCUGUUUGUCUUACAGACUCUGUUCCUGUACAGUCAGGAAUGGAGUGUAUGUCUGAAAAAAAGAGUGCUUUGAUUUGAAUGUAUUGAUAAUGCAGUCUAAACAUGGUGAAGAUGACCAGUUCACGAGCACUAUUACUGCCAAGCAUUGCAGGAACAGCGUCAUAUGUGUAGAAUGAACUGAAGCAACAAAUAAACAAGGGCAUUCAUUGUUUCAAAGGCAUAUUACAAUGUUGUUUCCUAUUGGUUUAGAAUAGUUGAUGAUGUGAAAAUGUCUGGAAUCUUCCAUACAAUAUCUGCUUACCAAUAAACUCAGGGAGGCUUCUUUCAAAAUCACACAGAUAUUAUCCUGUGAAUCAGUAUCUUCAGGUUAGAAAAGACAUUUGUGUUAACUGUUCAUUGUAUGAAAAAAUGUACUCAUGAAACAAUGCAACACUUGUUCUGGCUGGAGAGAUAUAUCCUGAUAUAAUGUUGACAACAUUGACUUUUUUCCCAACUGGAAAAAUGUACUCUUUGGUAUCUUCAACAACAAUAAUAAUAAAUGUAAAGAAUUAUGUAUAUCAAUUUGGUGAUUGUUGUAGAGAAAUUUCAUAUCCAUGAAUCCAA